AUGGAAAGCCCGCCUGCGAAGCGCUUGAAACUCGACCCUCCUUCGGAAUCCCCAAAUCCCCCGGAAGCAAUCGAACCCGAUGAGCUUGAGGACACCGACGGAGAGAACUGCAGCAUAUGCUUGCAGCCUUAUGCAGACAGGACCGUGAUACCAACCUGCUCGCACGAGUUCUGCUUUGAGUGUCUCCUCAUCUGGACCGAGCAGUCUCGCCGCUGCCCAUUAUGCUCGCAGGACAUCGGUAAAUACCUCAUGCACCAUAUUCGGUCAAAAUAUGAUUAUCAAAAGCAUUACUUGGCCCCAUUGCGCUCCGCCGACGAACCCCAGGCCGUUGCCGCCGCUCGUCAGCAUGCACGGCAGCGUGCUGUACGCCGCAGAGAGGUUGAAUGGGGGCGUAGGCGACAACGAGAACUUGAAGAGCUUGACGAGCUCGAACGAGCUAUCGAGAAGCGGAGGUGGGUUUACCGGCAUGAGUUCUAUGCUAUGCAUGUCGCUUCCAAUCCGUACACCCGUUACCGCCCAUUUCCUACCCCCGCGCAAUUUUCUGCAUCUCAGGACUAUAUCUCCAGGGCAACUAUAUUCAUACGCCGGGAGCUGAGGGUAUGGACAGGGUUGGACGUAGAGUUCCUGACUACCUUCACGGUGUCUCUCAUGAAGUCCUUGGACAUCCGCUCUGAACCGGCCGUAAGGUUACUGUCCGAGUUCCUGGAUAUGGACGCAGAUCGCGGCCACGAACACGACAAUGCAGAGCACUUCGCACAUGAACUCUAUUGCUAUCUUCGGUCGCCUUACCGUGAUCUUGCGGCAUACGAUCGAAACGUGCAGGUGGGCUGUCUUAUUGUGUUCACAUCUGCCAGUCAGCAUGCUUAG